AUGGACCCAUCAUCGCAAUUCAAGCACGUUGUGAACGGGCAAGUCUUCGGUUCGUCGAAAGAGGUGACUUCGGCUAUUAAGCAAUCCUUUUUGCGCGAUCUCCGAGGUUGUUCGAGCACCGGUGGAGGUGGCUACUCCAAGAUCUUCCGCUGCGCAGGGCGCAAAUACGACGCCAAAAGAAAGAAGGAGGUCGGUUGCCUCGCUCGAGUUCGUGCGACGAAGUCCAGGCGAAAAAAUCUCGAGAUGUGGAAAAUUACCGAGGCCCGUAACGUGCACAACAACUGUACGGGCGAGCAGGAGAACGCCAGUCUUUCAGCUGUCGACGAGAUGAUCGCAACCUUAGUCAGAGCCACCCCUUCCAUCACCGGGCCCGCGAUCGCCAAGAUGCUCAAAGACGGGUCAGGCAUCAGCGUCCACCCGCGCACCGCACUUCGAGCGAAGGCCAAGGCAUUGGGAAGGACGGGCAGCGGCAGCACGGAGGGAUUCACGGUGCUCACAUCUCUUCUCGAGCAGCUCGACGCGAGCGACAAUACCGUCAAGACCGAGUGGGACGCCAACAACCGCUUUGCGCGCUGCUUCGUAAUGCCUGGCGGGGCCGCCAAGGUGGCUGCCAAGAGUCCGAACAAGGCGUUUUGCUUAGACGGGGCACAUCUGCGGGGCUCGUGGAACGGUGUCAUCCUGACGAUCACCACUACGGACGCCAACAACAGCAUCAACCUGUGCGCGUUCGCGGUGGUCCGCGAGGAGAACGCAAAGUCCUACGAGUACUUGCUUGGGAAGGCUAUGGGCAGCAAGCGGAUGAAGAAGUUUCUGAACGCGACAGCGACGACCUGCUUCACUGACAAUGACAAGGGUGCCGAUGCCGCCAUGAACAAGCUCGCCCCGCUGACGGAGGUUCGGCACUGCCUAGAGCACAUCCUCAGAAGUUGCCGCAUAUGGGCCAAGCACGGCAAGGCACACGCGUAUAAAGCCGCAAAGAGUUCAACAGAGCCGGAAUUCCUCGCCUGCAUGGAACGCUUAUACGAUAUUUCACCGACUGCGCACGACAAAUUGGAUGCCAUCCCUCACGAGCGCUGGGCGUACUACGCAGGCCGGCAGAAUGUGUGCUGGCUCCAGGUCAACAGCAACCCGGCGGAGUCCAUGAACAAGACGCUCCUGGAGCUUCGAGGGAAGCCCAUUUUCGAUUUGGUGCACGGCUGCAUCAUGCUGAUCGCCAAGCGGCUCUUCGACGCCAGUGAGCUCAAGAAGGAUGACGAAAGCCAGGCGCACACCCCAUUUGCGACGGCCCAGUUCGACGAGGCAUCUCGGACCUCUCGCAAGCAUAAUGCCUCACCUCUCGGCGGUGGCAAGUGGUUUGUAACGGACACCAAGACAGGCGCCACACAUGGGCACAAGGUGUCCAUCAAAUGGACCUCCGGCCAAUCCAGAGGCCCUCCCGAGAUGGACUGCACCUGCGGCGUCCCAAAGAAGAUGCAGCUGCCAUGCAGCCACUUGUUGGCAGUGGCGAAAGCCCAAAAGAAGACAAAGCGGACCCUCUCACUGAUCAACAAGAACUUCGAGAUGCAGACAUACCGCGAUCUGGCCUCUGCUCACCCGGUGGAUCUGCCAGCAUGGAGCUCGCUCGAGAAGGACUCGAGCAAGAAGGGACCGAAGAUGGUAAAGCGCCCCCGUGCAAAGGCUCCAACUCCAACCAGGCGCAUCCUUAAACGCAUCAGGUCGAAGGGAGAAGAGCCAGCUCGCAGGAAGAAGAGGACCAGAACAAGAAAGUGAUGACCGGCGUGCUCACGCCCGAGAUGCAGUAGACUAUAGCUCUGGAUUUGUGUCUGACUCCGACCAAAUCUCUGAAGAACUUGGCAUGGGCGCGUCGGCCGGUAAUUGGUCGUGAGCCGAUACACCCUCUUUGAUGCCUUUAACACAGGGUUAUACCGCUGGCGUGAUGCAUCGUGUUAAGACUUUGCCCGGAGUUUCGUGUCGAGUUCGUUUGGGACGGCUUGAACGUGCUGUGUCGUGUUGACUACUUGUUUCAAGGCGCGUGGACUGACGCGUUGGAGACCUUGCAAUUUACUGUUUGAGUGCAUAGUCCAGACUAUAUUCAUCCGGGAAAUAAAGCAUUCAGAAUCAAAGGGUGGGCUACAUUGGCUGCGUAAUAUUGACUGGAGUA